AUGGACGAUAGUUGGCACUCUGGGCAAUCUUUACUUCAUCAUAAUCGCAAUAUUGUUUUGUUCAGCAAUCCACCACGAACAGACUAUAGUCAUCAUCAACAAAUUCACCCUUUAGCAGUUCAACAACAUAAUCAUCCCCCAUUUGGUGCCUCUACUUCGAGAAACGCUGCUUUGGUUGCAUCUGCAGAAGCUGCUCCUCAAAAUGAGUGUGUUACUGCUUGGGAACCUUUACAGUUGCGACAGGAAUGGACAAUUCACAACUUCACCAAAGCAUUGGAUCUGGCCACUUUUGGUACCUGCAUGCGUAGUCGUAAUUUUAGAGAUGAGAGCAUGCCUGACAUUUGUUGGCAACUUUGCUUAUAUCCUGGAGGGAAAAGAGAGGAGAAUUCUGGGAAUGUUUCUCUUUUUCUGAAGAUGUCGACAACUGAGAACCAGAGAGAGUUCACUGUCCGUGCUGAGUAUCGUUUCUACUUUUUGGAUGACACUGGCGCUGCUCGUUUUAGCAAUGUGAAUACUGGCGAUUUCAAAGUCAAACCAGCCAAAGGAUCACACUCUUGGGGCCUUAGAAAUAUUCCUCGUCAAAAAGUUCUCAACUGUAUUCGCUCAAACAAUUCUCUCCAUAUCGUCUGUCAAAUUGAGCUAGUUCCGGAUUUUAACAAAUUGCAAACACACGUGCGUCGUGAACAUCGUAUUGACCCGAUAAUUCUAACCAAAGAAUUUUUGGAACGUAACCACAAAAUGUUUAUUUCUGGUGAAGGUUCAGACUGUAUUGUUGAAUGUGGUAAUCAAGAAUUUCCUGUGCACAAAUUUGUUUUGAUGGCUCAUUCUGAUGUUUUUCGUGCAAUGUUUAAUCAUAAAGAUACUUUGGAGAGUGUUGAAUCUCGUAUUCGAAUUACAGAUUUUGGGCCGGAGACUGUUCAUCAAAUGCUUACUUAUAUGUAUUCUGGAGGACUUCCUGAAGACUUUUCUGACGAGCAAGCAUCUAAUCUAAUUGAAAUUUCGGAGAAGUACCAGUUGGAUUCUCUUAAAAUUAUUUGCCAGGAUAAACUGAUUUCACGUCUCUCAAUGGCCAAUGUUUGUUCAAUGGUAACUAUUGCCGAUAUUCACAAUGCUGAUUUACUUAUGUCUGCAUGCAUUCCUUUGGUUCGUAGCCAUAUACGUCAACUUAUGGCUAGUCAGGAAUGGACUGAAAUGAAGACAAAUAACCCUCGUUUGCUGAAUCUUGUCUUGGAGAAGGUGAUAGUCAUUAGCGAGAAGAAUCUCCCGACACCACAACAGAAGAAUCUCCAACCGCCGCAAAAACGUAUUCGUUUGAACGAUAUGUAUUACCAUCCAAGUUAG